GCGGGGAGGGGCGUUCGGUUCGCCAGGCCAGUCACUCACUUUACGCGGCAAAAGUAUGACGGUUGGAAUGUCGCGCGGACAAAUAUACACAAAAUAAAUACCAAAAAUAGUGCUGUGUUGUGGAUAUUAUGUUAUUGUGGUUGCGGUAUCUGAAGCAGCUGGAAGUGGCGGCCGGGGACCCGCCGCCAGGUGGCGCUGUCGACUUCAAAACAAUGUGUGAGGACGAGGAAUGGGGAAACGAGAGCGAGGCGAUGCCGGGAGAACCUCGCACGCCCAGCUCAGAGGGGGAGCGACCCGCGUCCAGCGGUGGCGCCUCACCAGCCUCGGGAGGCUCACCUGCUGCCUCACCACCUCGCUUACGCCUCAACACCAGUCUUGCUACAGACCCUGCGCUGGCACCGCAGGCAACGGCGCUCAAACAUGAGCCGCCCUCACCAUCUCCUCCUCCGCCACCAGCAGCAACACCACAAGCUGCGAGAGACUACCUCGCCUUAACGGCGGCAGCCUUCCCAGGGCUAUUCCCAGGGUCUGGUCCUCCGAGCUAUGUAUGCAAACCUUGUGGUAUACGCUACUCAUCGUUAAGUACGCUACAAGCACAUCAAGAACAUUAUUGUUCAAAUAGACUUCCGAAACCCACAGAAGGGCCGAAUGCGUCAUCCGAUCCUGUCGCAGAUGAGUCCAGCAGUGAUGCUAAAACUCCGCGACCUGCUGGCAAGCAGUACGCUUGCACGUAUUGCUCAUAUAGUGCAGAUAAAAAAGUGAGCUUGAACCGCCACAUGCGGAUGCAUUCCUCAUCUCCGGUCAGCAGUGGUACUCCAGCGCCGACGCCGACCUCUAACGGAGAAGUCACAGACGGUCCACCGGUACAAGACCGUUACUGCGCUGAUUGUGAUAUUCGCUUUAGCUCAAUAAAAACAUAUCGUGCUCAUAAACAACACUAUUGCAGCACGAGACAAGUCGUCAAACAAGCUUUGGCUGCAGCUCGGGGUGGCUCAGCAACGUCAGGGUCCGCCCCUCCUUCGCCUGGAGCCACACCACCGGCACAAAACCAAAACCAAUACGCACUCGCGUUACCCACGAAUCCUAUUCUGAUUGUACCGUAUUCAUUACUAAGGGGCGCCAGUACUCUCCCAGGGGCAACACUACCGGACCCAGACACGCCAUGUUUUCUGUUACCAAAUGGAACAUUCCAACCAAUCAGUCGGGCAAUAUCAAAUAUGAACUCUGAUGGGAAAGAAACUGAGGUGUUAAAAUCAGCCAACCGACCUCGAGAGCCUUCAAGAGAUGGUGGUGUGACUCCAUUAGAUCUCAGUGUUCGGCGGUCCCCAGAAUCAGUAGUCACUGAUGAACAUGAAAAAGAGAAUAGAAUACGGUCAACUACUCCUGAGCAAAUAGUAUGCGCUCCUUCUCUACCAGGAUCUCCAGGAACGCCGUCUCCUUCACGGCGGUCUUCGUCACCAAGUGCAGAAAGUUCGCCAAAGCGACGGCGGCUAAACUCAAGAGGGCCGACUCCCAAACCACCAAUUGUGCCGUCACCUCCUGAAGAGAAAUUCGCGCCCAUAGUUCCUCCUGCAAUCUUGCCACCUGCCUUAGCAUUACGCUUAGCAUCAGAACUACCAGUAAUUGGUGCAUCUCCUCAAGUGCUUGUAAAACAGGGAGUUUCUAAAUGCAAAGAAUGCAACAUCGUAUUUUGUAAAUAUGAGAACUACCGCAUACACAAGCGACAUUAUUGCUCAUCUGGGGGUGGUGAGGAGCGCGCAAGUCCCGCGCCACCAGAGCCUGGCCCGCCGCCUCAGUACCGCCAACUGAUCUGUCUCGCGUGUGGAAUACAUUUCAGUUCGCUGGACAACCUGACGACUCAUCAGUCGUAUUAUUGCACUAAACGUGAGACUCGAUCUCCUCGAAGUGUGCCUGAAGUUCCACGACCUACGUCAGGGUCAGAGGGAGGUUGGAAGUGUCCUUGCUGCGACGUGGUGUCCCCGACGGCAGCGGCAGCGCAGCGCCACAUGGACGCGCACGCUGGUGUGAAGGCUUUCCGCUGCACCAUAUGUCGAUACAGGGGCAACACGCUGCGAGGCAUGCGCACGCACAUACGUAUGCACUUCAACAACAAGAAGCCUGCUGAUUUGCAGGAAGAGAGCUACAUCUCGUGCGUUUUAGAAGAGGACAGCCGUGAAGCGACUUCCCCGAGCCCAGCGGUGGGCGGCGGAGAGCGCGUGCACCGGUGCGGCAGCUGCGCGUACACGUCCACGUACCGCGGUAAUGUCGUGCGACACGCGCGACUCGUCCACGCGACAGACGAGCCGGAAGAGGAACAGACGUCUCCCGUCCCUCCCCCCACUGUCGACAUCAAGAAGGAACCAGAGACAGAACUCGAGGAAACUCCAAACUACUGCAAGUCUUGUGACAUUUCCUUCAAAUACGUCAACACUUAUAAGGCUCACAAGCAGUUUUAUUGUACUGCCAACAAUCAAGAUGCAACGGCUAACAAUAAUGUGCCCACGCCCGCGAGGGUCACAGACACGCCUGUGCUAUGAAUUUCAUUAUUAUUGAUACUUGGCGUUCUAAAUAUAUUUAUGUGAGUUGCAGGCAAUGUUAAUAUCUCAUUUUUCGUAGAGCUUCAUCAAGGAACUUGAUAUUACGUUGACUAGUAGCGCCAUCUAUUAUUGUUCCCCGUAAAUAUUUUUGACUUAGUAAAGACGCAUUCAAAUCAAACUAAAAUUAUAUAGAUUCAAUUUAUAACGUGUAUAUGAACUUGUUUCCAAUUGUUACAAAGGUAUGGUUAUAUUUUAUACUGUUUUAAAGUCAUUUUGAUGAAAUCUCACGUAAAAGCGAUAUGUAACAGUAAGUCCUGUUUAUAUCAAUGUUUACUCUGAAAAUAUUGCUCGCAGAAACCAUAAUUGCUUAAGUUGCUUCACCAGAAUUUCUUGUAAUUAAUCCUAGACUAAGAUUGUAUCCUCUCGUUUUGAAAUAAAUUAAAAUUAAAUGAUUGUGCAAUAAAUUAAUGAUUAUAAAAUUUAACGUGUACUGCAUAUCAAUGCCAAAUCGAUGUUUAAAAUUUUCGAUUCGAUGUUAAAUUAUAAAAGGCAAAAUAUUAAAUUUAGCUUAAGUUACGCCACUGUUUCUGAUGUUAUGAUAACGUGCGCAAAUGGCGUAGACGAAGCUAAUAAAUGUUUUUCUUAAUCCUUCAGAAAUCUCAAGAACUCAAAUGAGUAACUCAAAAAAGUUCUUGCUCAUUUAAGUUCUUGAGGUAAAAAGUUUAAUAUAUUGGCUAAUGUACAUACAAGCCCUCAAUAAUUUUAAGGAUUUUGUUACUCUGUUACUGUAAAUUUCCUAGUUAAAAGUUAAACUUCGUCUUUGUAUUAGUAUACGGUUAAAACAAUAUUACCAAAAUUGUAAAUAUAUGUAAAGAUAUUACUAAAUAUUAUUACCAUUCAUUCUAAGUGAUUGUUCUUGAUUUUUGUUGUUAAUUUUUGUUUAAUAUUAAUUAAUUAUUAGGCGAAUUUAUCUUCUACCCCAUAAAGCAGGUGCUGAUUCCAUAAUAUGGUUUAAUUUACCAGUGUUAUUUUUUUAAAACAUUAGGUUUUCAAAAAAUUACAACUUAAAUUAUUUUUGCGUUCUUGUCACUUAAAACUGAUUUUAAUUAAUGUAAUCUAUCGAAGAAUGUGUCUUCAGAUAAAAUUUAGAUUGAUGAUCUAUGUACCUAUAUAAUUUUUAACGUAUUUAUUCAAAAUUAUGCCCAAUAUUAAUGUUUAAAAUGGUCAUUAAAGCUUACAAGAACGCAAACUGUCAGCAAUUACAAAUGUAUAUUAUAUUUCACUUCCUUUCCUUUGACAGUUUACAACUGGUUAACCACAGUAUUUAUCAUUCCCGAACUAAAAGUAUCAAAACGUAAGUGUUAAUAAAACGACUGUGUGCCCAGUAUAUCUUGGCUCGUGGCGAAAAGUGGAACUAAUCAUGUUCCAUAGCAAGCAGCGCCACCCCAAAAUGUUCUGGGCAAACAGUAAAAUACCAUGUUUUGUCAAUGCCAAAGCAUCGCUAGAUUAAUCGUAAUUUGCAUUUAUAGUUAUCUCAUUAAAUAUAGUGUAGAAUAAGUAACUACAAGACUUGUUCCCUACGUAUAAUUAUUGUAAUUUGUGUAACUUUUAUGUUUUGUCUGUUUAUAAAAGGAAUGAGUCUCGAAUCAGUGUUGCAAAUUGUCAUUAAAAAUAUAGGUACAAAAACUAAAAAAUGUUGUCGAUCUUCCAUUAUGACGUAUUUAGUGGACUAGUCGUUGGUAGAAGUGAUUUUAAACUAUAGGAACAAAACUACCAUAUUGUAAGUCAUUAUUGUAAAAGUUGUCAGGCAAUACAGUUUAAGGAACAUAUUUUAAGAUAGCAACACCUUCAAAGUCUAAAAUAACGUUAAUUUCGAAAUACAAAAAAGUAUAUCCAUUUUCAUAAAAACAAAGAAAAAUCACUUCUGCUAACGACUCAUAAAUUCAGUAGAAUAAAACGUAAUAAAUCAUGACAUUUUGUGUAAAGAAAAAAGGUUAAAACGAAACACAGCAUCUGAUGUUAUGUGCCAUAACUGUGUUCUCAGUAAAAACAUAGUUUUUAAUGUAGAAGCGUCAUCUCGAAUAAAAUCCUUAUAUGUUUCGUAAACGAUGGAUGUCUUAAAUUACUUUCGCAAUUUUCCGACAUGUAUAUUUUUUUUUCAUAAGAAAAUAACUUUUACACGAUAGGUGUUCAGUGAAAAAGUGUACAUACAAUAAAGUAUAUUUGAAUAAAAAAUAAAUAACAGACUGCAGGAAAAUAUAACAAAUCUAAAAAAUCCAUACAAAAAAAACCACACAAACAAGGAAGCAUAAUGCUGAAAUCGAUUAAAAA